GACUCAACGAGUACUAAGAGUUAACCAUUCCUAAAUUUUGGAAGGAAUAUCUACUGACCACACAUGUUUCCCUGAAGGGUGUAGAAAUACAAACACAACAUCAACUGAAUCAUUAUUGAUUUAGGUUUGUCCUUCUAUCUGAUAAAACACAAGCAUAUACAAUCCGUUCUGCUUAACAAGGUAUGUAAGCAGCCACAGGGUUUAUAUCUUUGACCUUGUUUCUAUGCCACUGACCCACAUGACAAGGGCCUCCCCUUGUGUCUGGUGUGCAAAACAGCAAGAGGAUUAGGAAGCCUGCUGUCAAAAUAUCAGCAGCGUAAAACUUCUCUUUACACAUACCAGUGUAAGUUUUCAGUUAAGUUCUUUCUGGGAUUCAUCUUCUUGGUGAUCUGCUAUCUGUGUAAAACUGUGCUGUCAUUCCUGACCAAGAAUGGAUCAUUUCUAAAGGUGGCAGUAACACCACCCUUCAGGUGGUUACAGAAAACAGACGAGGAAGAAAUUUUUCACUUCCUGAUGAAACGUUUGGGUGUUCAGAAGUAGACAUGGCCUUUCGAAUGUUUAACAUGAUCUCUGUCCUAAUCUUGUUCGUACGUAUCCUACAGAUAUAUGCGGCAUCAGAAUGCUUAUUAAAAACCAUAAUGUGUUCUGAAAUCCGUGUUGCUGAGGGUUUUAGAUAUGAACACGAAUGCCCACAAGGAAGCGAAAUUUCAAUUGAAGGAACCGAUAAGAUGAAUUUUGGUUUUGCUGAUCUACGCGAACAGGUGUUUCGCUUUGUGCCACCAGUAGUGAAAAUGGAUAACCAUUCAGUGAUCACAGAAGACUGCCAGGAUUUUAAGACUUCAUGCACACAUCUUACUGAAAACCUCGAAAAACUUGCCGGAGAAAAGUGUGUGAAUUUCAAAUCCAUCCCUGCUUCUCAAGAAGAGAAAUUUCCACCAGGCAAUCCUAGUGUGAGUCCUCCCCCACCAAGCCAGGGUCAAAGCAACCUUACAUCGAUAGGGAUUGCAGCUCUGGUGGUCCUACUUGUUGUCUUUGGACUAAUCUCAUACUUCUGCUGGAAAAAACAUAAGGGAGGUGGGAUAUUCAAGUGUCUCCAAAAAAACCAAGAAGGAAGUGGAUUCCCAAUGGUUCCAGGAGCAGACGUAGAGGGACAAAACAACGCUGACGUCAGGAAUGGAAAAGAUCCACAUGGAUGUGGUGAAAGUGACCGAGACACGCUUCGAAGUGCUAUGAGUGUAAACAAGGGAUCUCCCGACACCACCACUCCAUCCGACCACAACCCAAUGAACGGCUGUAGGAACAUGAACGAGGAGCCAGGAGGAAUAAACGGAACUAAAGGAAGAGGAAAGAAGAGGGAGCUGCAUGGCGGAGGGGCUGCUGCUCAUCAUCGCGCUGAAGAACAACCGCUGCUGCCAGAUCAGCGAACUGCCAAUGGAGAUUUCAACAGGUUUUCCGAAGACGUGGCUUUUGUGAACGAGCUUAGCUCCAACCAGGACCCAGUCAGCAGACCCUCUGCAACACCAGAUGCUGACGUGGAGUCAACAUACCCUGAAAAACCAACAAAUUAAUUAUAAUAGAUAAAUAUGAUAUACUAUAUAUGUAUAAUACAUAUUAUUAUUAUUAUUAUUAUUAUUAUUAUUAUUAUUAUUAUUAUUAUUAUUAUUACUAAUAAUAAUAAUAACAUCCCUGUCACUAUGUGAGACACUUCCUGACAUGACCUUUAGGCUUAAGUGCAGUUAUUUCAUAAAUUUCACACACACACACACCUUUUGUCUACAAAAAAAUCUUUAAUAAUAAAACAGAUGUGUGUCAAAUGUCUUGAAAACAAAUUUAAGCAUUCAAAUGUGCUUGUUUCUAUUAUAUUCGUAAGAUUUGGAAAUUAUAACUAUCUUAACAACCGUAUCAGGUAUCUUACCCUGGUUGUCAUGGCAAUUAUCAGUAUGAUUUUCAUGCAAGAAAAUCUUGACUGCUGAACUUAACCAAAGGAGUGGGUGAACUACGUACAUGUCAGGAAUGUCCCACAUAUGAGGGCUAGAGAAAAUCAUGUGUUUCACUAUAUAAAACAUAUUAUGAAAAUGUAUAGCUAAACUAAAGAUAUAUUUAAAAUAAGUAUGUCGGUAUUGUAUUUCAGUUAAACCUAAUCUCUUAUAUUCCUGACAGAUUCGGGUAAUCACAUUUAUUCUCAAUAAGAGGAGUAAUAUUUUAGGUCCAGAUUCUUGAUAUAAAUCCAACAGGUACAGAUUAGGGUGAUGGCAGGGAGGCCCCCAAUCUUAAAGACUUGGAGCUCCUCACCAAAAAGUAAAUUGUAAAAAUACCAGCAGAAAAAAGCCAAAAGUCUGGUCAUGCAAAAUAUAUAUAAGAAUGUCUUUGUUACUGUAACAGUUUUUUGAAAUUGCAAAUCACUUUUACAGGCUGUUAUAUAUAUAUAUA